CUCCGAUCCGACUCCGGCUAUUGUUAGUUCGAUUACGAGUCCGGCAAAAUGGGAACCACUAGUUCUACCCGAAGUCGCAGUUGUCCGAAGUCGUCGAGAGUCACAUGGAGUCGGAGUCGUCCGGAGUCCACACGAAUAGGAGUUGGUCGGAGUCAACAGGAGCCGUCCGGUGCAAUGUGCUUGUGAUCAGGAAUUUAAUUUCGUUGUGGUUUUUGUCUUUCAUUUUGCACGUUCGCUUGAUAUACAAGUCUUUGUUUCGAAGGCCGACUCCGGACCAUUCCGGAAGACUUCGAACGACUCCGGACGACUCGAGAUGCAUUCGAUUUCCAACGACUCCAACCGAUUCCGGACGACUCCGAACGACUCCAGACGACUCGGGAUGCCUUCGAUUUCCAACGACUCUAGACGACUCCGGACGACUCCAGACGACUCCGAACGACUCCGAACGACUCCGAACGACUCCGAACGACUCCGAACGACUCCGAACCUCUCCGAACGACUCCGAACGACUCCGAACGACUCCGAACGACUCCGAACGACUCCGAACGACUACAAACGACUCCGAACAACUCCGGGUGACUCGGGAUGUCUUCGAUUCCCAAAAGACUCUGAACGACUCCGAACGACUCCAAACAACUCCGGAUAAUGCUGGGCGGACCUACCUUCCGGAGCCGGUUCCGAAAUUAUCGGAGUCGGAUCGGAGUCGACUCCGGAUUUGUGCCAAUUUUACCCAUCACUACUCUGAAUAAUCUAGGUGUCAAAGGAAAUGCCAGCAGACGUGUUGCCAGAAAUAAAAAUGGCGCGCAAAGUGUAGAACGUGUUGAUGUUAUGUUGCUCGUCCCGCAAACGAUGGAAUCGGAAUUUGAAGGCUUUUCCAGUGGCAGUGAAAUAUUGACCAAACAUGCCGAUCGGUGGCGUAAGGUGAGCUUCGGUGUACCGGUUUUCGAUCGGCUUACGGGUGGCGGUAUCGGUGCCCGGGGAAUCUUCGAGCUGGCGGGUGAUCCGGGAUCGGGCAAAACACAGAUCGCACUAAAGCUAGCACUGACGGCCCAGCGCACCGUGCCGAACUCCUGCGUGGUGUACAUCUGCACCGAGCAUAGGUUUCCUUCGCGCAGGCUGCUACAGAUGGAGGCAGAAUACAAACGCCAGCAGAGUGCGGAUGAUGCCGUCCGGGACCAUAACUUUGUGGACCACAUACUGGUGGAGCACGUAUGGUGUUUGCCUACCCUGAUGGCCUGUUUGUUCGAUCGCCUGCCCAAGCUGCUGGAAAGCACAAAAAUCAGUAUGCUCAUCAUCGAUUCCAUCGCGAGCCCAUUCUUGGAGGAAAGGGACUACAUUUCGCGGGCGGAAACCUUCCGCUCGAUAGUGCACCGGCUGCACCAGCUGCAGGAGCGGCACAACUUUGCCAUCUGCGUAACGAACCAGGUCCGUUCGGUGAUCGACUCUUCCACGCUGGACGACCAGCGGAACGUACCGGCGCUGGGGCUCGCCUGGAGUACGCUGGUGCACACACGCUUGCAGCUUUCCCGCACCACGCUAAGCUCGAACGAUCGACGCUGCACGGUUGUGUUUGGACCAUCGGCCCCACCGAAGCAUGGCUUCUAUCAGAUCGACGAGUCGGGACCGGUGGAUACCGAAGCCCUUCGAGUAUCAAUGAGCUGAGUAAGAAACAACACCCACACAUGUUUUGCAGCUUUUCUAUUACACACCUCUCACUAGUGGUGUUCCAGCUUUAUUAUUGUUCAUAGGAGAUAGAUGUCGUGAUCGGGCCCAUCCGUGCCGAAUAUACCUAAUAUCAGUAGAGUAUGAGCGAUCGCGCGAGUUCACCUCUUUUUUUUACGGGAACGGUGAGAUCUUUUCUGCCAUACACACACACAUACACCAAUUACAAUCAAUUUUCUUCGACCAAAUACGAUAAAAAGUAGAGAGUAUAUAGGUUUGAUUGUUAACAGUACAGUACAUAAACAGUGUUCGUUUAGUAAAUGCGCCUAAACCAAUUUCCUCCUAAACAGAUUCCUAAAUAGCGAUAACAUUCACCUUUGGCAAAUAUGUUUAGAGAGUUUUACAAUCCGUGUAAGCAUCAGAGCACAAUGGACAACUGUGUGUGUGUGCGUUUUGUGUUGCGGUUGGUUUUGCUAACGUUUGUUUCUUUUUUUCUCUUAAUAAUUUAAACAUUUUUUCCUAAACUAAGCACAUGUUUCUACCGAUGGUUGAGUCUUUUUUUUUUAAUCUUGAUCUUCCGCUUAAAAUGCUGCUCCCAUGCGCGCUAAUCAUAAUUCAACUAGUCUCUAGUCUCUGUAAUCGUAUGUUUUAAAACAUUUCUCACUAGUUUUUGUUUGUCUUUCUUGUUUACGAACCGGUGGUGGGUAAUGUCGUUUUUAAAACGUUGAUAUUUCAUUUCUUCAACAACACGUUAGAGUAAUAGUAGUGGUAAUUUAGUAGAUAGCAGUUUAGUAGUUAGUGGUUAGCGUUAGUAAUUGGGUGUAAUUAUAGCAAUAGUGUUGUUUUUUUUUUCUUUUUCGUAAAAAGGUAACUCAAUUACCAAUCAUGCACAGGGGGCGCGUGGCAGAAGGCUUCCGCUUCCGCUGCAUGUGAAAUUAGAUUGUCUUAGUAGUACCAUUACACAGCAGGAUAGACGACACACGGGUUGUUUACUGUGGAAACAUUUUAGUAGUUUUUUUCUUCUUCUUCUUGUCUGUUUCGCUACUAUUACGACUAACGCUAUUUACACAUCACAUUAUGUAGAAUACCCGAUAGACAUUUUUUUCCUUUUUUAUUUCUUUUGCGUCUACUGUUCCGUGAGCAGAUGCGUAACAAUCCGCAGCAGAAACACAACAGGCUGACGACUACUGCUAUUUUGCUUUUCUCCUCCGUGCUUGCUAACACUUGCGCAAGCAAAUUAUUCUAUUGGAAAGCAAUUACUUUGUUUAAUGCUUCGCUACUAUUUCAGCUACCACGGUAAAACCCAAUUCGUGGAGUAAUGUUUUUUCUUCCUAAAAAGCACUAACAUGAUGGUUUGCAGAAAACCCCAAAAUCAUAAUUUAUUAAAUUUGCCACUAUAGUGGAUAUCUUUAUGCGUAGCGGGCUCCUGGGCGAACGCUGGGGAUGGUUUGCUGUGGGAGGAAAAUGGUCUGGUUUUAUCGUCAAACUAUCAUGCUACACAGAAACAACACCGCACGGAUGCCGCCGGAAAAGUAUGCAUCUUCCCGGUCGAUGUGUGAACCGUGAAUAUUUUGUGUUUAUCUCAUAAAAGCGUUUUAGAAACGCGCAACACAAAACAAAAAACAAAAUCGGAACCGUUAAAAGCAGGCAAAAGUUAAUUUAUCACAGGCGUAUCUUUUCGUCCGGAAAAUAUUCGAAGUCCCUUGACGGAUGUCUGAAAAAUGACGGGACAUUUGUUAGAAGGAGCAACAUCGGUAGUGUGGUGUGUGCGGUGGCAGUAGUGAGCAGUUGGAAGAAGAGAAAUGCGUAAUUAAAAUGGGGAUAACAUUAUUUUUUAUGAAAUGUACAAUGCAAUGCUAUCGGCUCCGUCAAGCGCAUGCUUUCUUUUCUUUGCUCAACGUGUUCCUUAUUGUUGAUGCAGCACAAUGUAGCACAAUUUGCAUUCCAUACUAUUGAUGAGAGAUUUGCGCGUACUAGAAUACACACUACAGCGAACUAGCGAUUGAAUAAUGACACAAACAAUAUACACAUGACUUGCUACUGAUCAGCAGCUUCGCCCUGCUACGGAACAUACAAUAAAAGAACAAAACGGAACGAUGCAAUUUAUGUUUGGCACGAUUAACUACACGAUCUACUACCAUGUUCUACUAUUGGGAGCUUUUCUUCAAUUUCGAACCGUGAUGAUGCUCGUCUGGAAAAAAAGGAACUUCAAUCCGAUUGUUUACGAUCACUUGUUUUGUUACCGCUAGCCAAUGAGGGUUUAAAUUUGCGUCUUCCUUUUACUAACCAACCCCACAUCGAAGCUUGUCAGAAAUGUAGAAAAGCUCUAUAAGAGUACGACUAUAUAAAUCCAAUACAGAGCGCAGCUGGGCGCUGCUGCCUCCAUUUUGUAUAUAUAUUUUUUAAUUUUCACACUAUUUUACACCCAAAACACAGAAACAUUUGGUUUUAACAAACUUUUGUACACUUCUCUGCUGUGACUCCAUCCGCAGCUGAUAAGUUCUCGGAGUGAACAUGAUUUUGCGAUGAAUGUGAUAAUGUGAUACUGAAAUUCAAAACUGCUAUUCUAUUUCAAAUCUAGAAGCAACGAAAGUAUCUCUUCAAACGAUAGCGCAAAACGAACGAAGGCGUUGUAAUGUUACGAUUAAACGGCGAAUGUCAACUGUUCAACUGUUCAUAUCAACAAUUACAGAAAAAACGGGCAAGCACAGCAUCUAUUCUAUCUAUAGAAAAGCAGCAUUACAAAAAUCAGUAUAAACUACAAAUCGGGCGCACAGUGUUCCCAUUGUUUUUUUUUGUU